AUGCAGCUCUCCCAGGUCCUGGCUCUCACCUUCGCAAUCACGGCCAUGGCCAAGGUCUACAACGACAACAGCCCCAUUCCCGACUCGGUGGCGCUCCCCAUCGACGCCGUCGUCAUGCAAGCCGACGUCUUCGGGACCGCCGUCGACACCGUGAGUGCCAAGCUCCGUCGCAAGGCCCCCCUCCAGGCCCGGGAUUUCAGCAUCUACGUGUGCGAGCACUCCAACUUUAACGGCGCCUGCCUGGACCUUGGUGGCGUCGCGAGCGGCGUCUGCUACAAUAUCAACGGUAUCUGGAACGAUGUCAUCUCGUCCACGGAUACUCGGGGCCAUACUUGCACCAUGUUCGAGCACCACGGCUGCACGGGUGACCAGUCGACCGUCAACGGCAGGGUGAACUGGGGCUACAUGAACGACAAGAUCAGCUCGUACAGGUGCUUCGACUAA